GUGGCUAUUAGAGAAAAAUGAAGUCUGUUGGCACGCAGGUUGUAUGGCUCAUCAAGCGUGUAGAUUCUGUCGAAAAAAGCGGUAACGAUGAUUUAUGACAUGGCUUGACCGGGUCCAGAUUAGAGUUGAGGAAAGACCAAACAAGCUUCUUUCUGCAGCCGGUCGAGGUCUAAAAGCGGCUUGGAGAAAUGUUUCAUUAUCUAAUUUGUCCUCGUGCUCCAAAACGAACAGACUAUGACAGGCGUAAAACGAGCUAUGGAAAAACAACAAAGAAGCAGUCUUACCUUCGUCAGCCGAAAGCACAAGUAAGCACGACAAAGAUUAUAAGACCGCAAAAUCGACAGUGACGGGAGCGACCCAUUGGGGGUAGCCGGCUAAAUGAUGAACAAGAAGUACAGGACAGCCGCCGAAAUGGCUUCAUAUAAGCGUCUUCAAAGAGGGUAUUGGUCCCUGAAACCUUGCGGGUCGUAAGCUGCGCCCGUGUGCUAAACCCAUCUAUAGAAACAGAUAGCUAGACAAAAGCAUACCAGCAGCGUGUGCACGUAUAGGGCCAGGCUGACAAAAAUGGACAAAGUUGACAUCAUCAUUGUUUUUGCUGCUGUUGUUCAGAAGAGCAACUUUAAAUAGCGGAAGUGCUCCAAGUGACAAGGAUUAAGUGUCGGUGUAAAGAAAGUGUCAAAAAGAAAGUGAUAAAACAACGUGACUUAUCGUUUUGUCAAAAGACUACCCUAGAGGAUGAUGAUCCGAUGUGAACAGUAAGCGCCCUACAUUGUACAAAUUGCCUAGUACGCGCCCUCCUUCUGCAGCUAGUGUAAUAUAGAACAAGAGCGGUUCUAGGUGUGCCAGGUGGUGCUUAAUCGCUUCGUGUGCAGGUGGUACCCCGCCCGUACCAAAUGACAGUGUGCGAAAUGCGUAUCAUUGUGGUAACUGUUACCCUGAUAGGUUUGGCCGCCGGUCGAACCUAUCGGAAGUACCAGCCACUCGAGUCAGAAGAAGACGACUCGAGCUUCUUGUCGAUGUUCCAAUCGGAACAGGCCCCGAUUGAUCCGUGUUAUGACGAGCGGGGUAAUCCGAAACGGUGUAUUCCGGACUUCGUCAACGCUGCCUUUAAUCGACCUGUCAUCUCGACGUCGACAUGUGGGAACCCACCAACUCGACAUUGUUCGACGAAUGCCGACAAGCGCGGCGAGUUGAUUCGUACUUGUGACAUUUGUGACGAAGGAAGCGCGAAACUUUGCCAUCCUCCUUCCUACCUUACCGAUCUAAACAAUCCUAGCAACCUUACCUGUUGGAUGUCCGAACCGUUUAGCAGUCCGUCGCAGAACGUCACGCUGACCCUGUCGCUGGACAAAAAGUACGAACUCACUUAUGUGUCGCUAAGUUUCUGCGGUCCUAAGCCAGACUCGCUUGCCUUAUACAAGAGUUCAGACUAUGGAAAGACGUGGCAGCCGUUCCAGUUCUACUCUUCGUCUUGUCGAAAAACCUACGGCAGACCCAAUCGGGCCGACAUCACAAACGACAACGAACACGAAGCCUUAUGUACGGAUACAGCUAGUAUUCCGACGGAGAAUCGUAUUGCAUUUAGCACACUAGAAGGUCGACCAUCGGCGUAUGACUUCGACACAAGCCCAGUCCUCCAGGACUGGGUCACCGCAACCGAUAUAAAGGUUGUCUUCAAUAAACUGAUCAAUUAUCAAGAGAACUCGCUCGAGGACGAUGACGAAUUCGAUCAAGAGGGAGGGAAUGAUACGAUGCAAGCGCAAGCUACUCAGCCGAUAAGCGCCUCGAAUGGAGGGGGCACCUCUGAAGACGGCCAGUAUUUCUACGCCGUCUCGGACUUAGCCGUUGGAGGCCGUUGCAAAUGCAAUGGCCACGCGGCAAAGUGUGCUCGGGACGAGAACGGUGAAAGCAUCUGCGAUUGUAGGCACAAUACGGCCGGCAGGGAUUGCGAAAAGUGUAAACCAUUCCAUUUCGACAGGCCUUGGGCUCGGGCCACGGCUGGCGACGCUAACCCCUGUGUUGAGUGUAAAUGCAAUGGACACGCACGCGGCUGUCGGUUCAAUAUGGAGUUGUACAAGCUUUCUGGAUACAGGAGCGGAGGCGUCUGCCUCCGAUGUCGGCAUAACACGGCUGGUAGAUACUGCCAUCAUUGUAAGGAGGGAUUCUAUCGGGACGUCACUAAACCGCUCAACCAUAAGCGUGUGUGCAAGUCGUGCGAUUGCCAUCCAGUGGGGGCCUUAGGCCGGACGUGCAAUAUGACGACAGGUCAGUGUCCUUGUAAAGACGGCGUUACUGGGCUUACCUGCAAUCGAUGUGCCAAGGGUUAUCAGCAAAGCCGCUCACCAAUCGCUCCAUGUGUCAAGAUUCCACAGCUGAUCGAGGCACCCCUGAUGACCGCAGACAGUCCAGCGAACUCUGGCGGUGAUAACGACUAUGAAGACGAUGAGGAUGUCGGCAGCGAGGAAGAUGGUGAUGACUGUUUAGAUUGUCAACAGGAGAGCGCGCAUUUGACUUUUCGCAAAUUUUGCAAACGGGACUAUGCUGCACAUGUCGUGGUGCAAUCGAAAGAAGCAUUUGGAGAUUGGAUCCGUUUCUCCGUGCAGGUGCAUGACGUGUUCAAGUGGGGCGCGUCCAAGGUACGCAAAGGCGGCCAGGAUUAUGUCUGGGUUCCGCAGGCGGACCUUAGAUGCAAAUGCCCUCAGAUACGCAUCAAGGGAUCAUACAUCGUUCUCGGUUCAAAUCAGAUGCACGGUGGUUUAAUGAGUAUGACGGCCGAUCGUAACAGCGUCGUAGUUGACCACAAGGAAAGCAUCGGAAGACGUCUCAGGAAGUUCUCUUCCCGUCAAAGGCGGUGCAAGAACUGAAGAAGGACAAAAAGAAAGAGUCGUUGCCAUUUUAUGAUGAAACCAUUGAACGAUCAGUGCUGCUGUACUUCAGCAAAAUAAAGCUCUAUCUAAAUAUCAUCACAUUUAUUUGUACGUAUGCUGCGCGAAAUAAGAGCAUCUUCACGGCUGCUUAUAAUAGAAUAUUAUGUCAUCGUCUGGUUUUUUCUGUGUCACUGCGCGAACCGCCUUAUGGAAAGCAACUGAGACGCGCAUCCGACGGGCAAUUAACGCCAACCCAGGAUAUCAGGAAAGCGCAGCGAUUUCCUUUGCACACUACCUCUAAUAGAAAAAGCUCCCUGAGUGAGCUAAGGACAAUUAACAGUUCGAGUUUUUCGAAGGGGGAUCCAUCCAAGCAACCAGAUAUGAUCAACAUGGCUUCAUAGUGGUAGCUAGACGAAAAUGUUCUAACACGGUUUCAUUUCCAACUUAAUCCAGCAUAGAUGAAAAGACCUCGCAGUGUUACAUAAAUACAUAUGGAAUAACCAGCACUCGCGCUUGUGUGUUACAUAUAAUAUAGUAUCCAAUUAUCAGGUAUACAAUUAAUUGAUUGCAGCUUGGGUUCACCCAGGCACAAGCUGCAAAGUAUCAUUUAAAGCCUAGAGCCAUUUGUGUAAACGGUAGUUUUGGUUACGAAUGGCUUCAUUGAAACGUUGUGCGCACAUAAAGAGAACGUGGUCGGUGAAAUCGAUUUAUUGUUGUGAAGGAUUCAUACCAAAAGAGUAUGGUAUCACAGGAAUGGCUGCAUAUAUAUUUAAGUUCAGCGUCGACAGAUAGUAUUCAUGUUAUAACUAGUUAUUCGAAUCUCGAACGAGCAAGGGUCACAGCGGCAGGCCCUUCUCUGCCGUCUGGAUAAGGCAUUCGUGUCGGUCAUCGCCAUUAACACAUGACCGGGGUAAGACCACGACAAGGAAAAUUACGGAUUCUGAAAGUACAGAUGCGACUACAAAUUAGAGAACAAAUACGUACGGCAUGAAAAAGCGUCAUCUCGAGUUCUUAUAUGCUUUGAUCUUUUCAACGUUUGUAGCCAAUACAAUCAUUUGCAAUUACACUCCUUGCAUUCAUGUAACUACAUGUUCUGCCAUCAACGGAAAGCAGGCAGACAGGGAAUUCUUGCCACAUGUCCUGUAGUGGCCAUCGUUAAUUCUGAAACGAGAUGUUCAAUACCUAAUUCAACUUAUGGAUCAGUAUUGAAACAGUGACAGUCUAUUGUAUGCUGAUGAUUUUCCAAACCUGCAAGCACCAACACGGAUACGAGCCAAUUACCGGAAUAACAAUCUAACUGCUUUUCUAACAUGGAUCAAAGCGGUCGGUGCAUCUCCGCACUUGAUAGGAUCCAAGCUUUACGUGUCUCUCCGUGUGCAAUAUAUACAUAGAGACACACACAGCUCAGUCAGCGGUACGACAAGAACGCUCCAUUCCAAUGGCCGUCACCGCUGUCCGUAUCUACCCAUGUUGACAUUAUGUUUGCUGAGACCUUCACGAUACAAUAGAAACUCAAUAUUAAAGUUUCUUUUGUCUACUCAAUGAUCAGUAACCUGCAAGUUCCUGCCACUAUGAAGCGAAUCAUAUGUUCGGAGUCCACCUAACAAAAUAACUAACGAGGACGCAACUUCGCAGUGAAGGAAAUUUUCCAAAUAACACAUCUUCGACCUGACGCAAUGGCAUACGUCCUUGGUUGAUGCUUCUGCAUCUAUUAUUAUUAUUACAGAAUAUAACGCAAGAACAACAUGAGGAACACAAUAGUGUAUGUUAUGUCGACACUUUGUGAUUUGUUAUUAGUAUUUCGGUGGAGUGGCAGAAAACCUAUCCUAAGAUUCGGUCAGCAACAUCUUUUUUUUUUAGCAAUUUUUUGUCUAGAAGACACCACAACCGAUCUGCCUAUGGGGAGUAAAGAUUAACAGUACCGCUAAAGUAAAGGGCAGACGUAUAAACACUUCCUGAGCCGUGUUUUAGUUACGCCCUGUACGAGUACGAUUAUCAAAUAUUACACAGGCAAACAGAUUAAUGUCGGAUUGCAUAUAAUUAUAAGCACACAUUCAAUAAAAAUAAUAACUAUGAUUAUGCCGAGACUAAUAGCAAGUCUGAGUGCAUCCCAACGUUUCCUGUACAUAAUGUAAAUAUGUUCGCUAUUGAGAUCAACACAUAUAUGUGCAUGUCUUGAGUGUGUCUGAGGAGGUAAUCGAAAGCGAGCGAAAGAAAGCGUUAAUUUUAUGGGGGAAUUAAAUGGCGAAUCGCUAUAUGGUCCACAUCACAUGUAUCGAAGUUGAACUUAGAUAAGACACAGCCUUAAGAGCACCCCCGUAAGGGGCGAUUUACGAGAAAUAAUUUCAACAUUCAAGCAAACAAGCGUCUGGUGUAAUACAAGUAACAGCGGUUCAAGUUACGCAGCAAUAGAAGGACACUGACAGAUGCUCUGAGUGCCAACUAAAGCUCGGUCAUAAUUAUAAUAAUUAACAUUAUUACUAAUAAUCAUAAUACGUAUAAUAAUAAUAUAUUCAUCGUCACCCUUCCUAGAUAGGCUGAAGCAUCAGAAGUCCAAGCACCAUCAGCAAUAUAUUAUAUAUAUAUAAUAAGUUCGGAGAUUCAUUAGAUGUAUUACUCGACAAGUAAUAGGGGUGAGACUAAUAAUAAUCAUAAUAACAGUAACAAUACGAUUAAUGACAAAAGCGACCGCGAUGACGGACAGCCAUCUUAAUUAUACUAUACUGAAGAUAAUAACCAUAAUUAAACUAAUAUGAGAUAAUAUAAUAACUGAGAAGUGUAAGGUCAAUAAGAGGCAGAGCUUAAAAAACAACAAGCAUUUGCACGUUACAGUAGUAAUACUAUUAUUCGUAGUGUGAUAGAAUGACGAUUACUCAUGAAGGUCAGAACGGCGUGUGUUAGGUUAACAAUAGCCUCAUAAAUAACAAAGAGUAAUUAAAGUUAAUAUUGCAUAAGUUGACUCGUCACAGAUUUGUCCGAAUUUCGUAUACGACUGUUAUGGUAUAUGAACUGAAUUUCAUCAAGUUCGAUUGAUUUGACCACUUGAUAAUUAUUAAGAUUGAAAAAAAAAAAACU